AGCUCCGUGUGUACAAUGUCUUUCUAGAGUAAAAUGAACAAGCAGUCCAUAAACUUCUAAGCCGACUCCGGAUGGGAGACAGGUUGCGCGGCUCUGUCCCUGCUUUUACUCCCUCCCCGCCAUUGCCGCCGCAGCGCCAGGCGGAGCGGAGGUCUCGCUUUAUUCGCUCGCGCCUCUUCCAUUUAAAGCUCUCCUUUUUUUUCUCCCUCUCAGCUUGCAUUGCAGAUUUGCAUCCUGCAUUCCUGUGCUGUACGGUGCAGUGUAAUCAAUCACUGUAUACGCGUAGCUCUGCAGUAGGCAAUGCGAAAAGCAGCUCCAGCUACAAAACCCCACCCCCCCUCUCUCUCUGCUGCACUUCACUGCACUCAUCUCACUGCUCCGUUUCUAGAUCUAGAGAUCCGCCGCGGCUCGCCGCCGUGCCAACAAUGGCGCCACCUUCCUUUUCCGCUUCUGUGACGGCGGUGACCGCGACCGUGGUCUUGGUGCUCCUCGUGGCGGCGUCGCUCGCCGGCGCCGACGAUCCCUACCGGUACUUCACCUGGACAGUGACGUAUGGUCCCAUCAACCCGCUCGGCACCACGCAGCAGGGCAUCCUGAUCAACGGGCAGUUCCCGGGCCCUCGCAUCGACUGCGUCACCAACGACAACCUCAUCGUCAACGUCAUCAACAACCUGGACGAGCCAUUCCUCAUCACAUGGAAUGGCAUCAAGCAGCGGAAGAACUCGUGGCAGGACGGCGUGGCGGGCACCAACUGCCCCAUCCCGCCGGGCGCCAACUACACCUACAAGUUCCAGAGCAAGGACCAGAUCGGCACCUUCACCUACUUCCCCUCCCUCGCAAUGCACCGCGCAGCCGGCGGCUUCGGCGCACUCAACGUCUACCAGCGACCCGCCAUCCCCGUCCCCUACCCGCCGCCCGCCGGCGACUUCACCCUCCUCGUCGGCGACUGGUACAAGGCCGGGCACAAGCAAUUGAGGCAGACUCUGGACGCAGGAGGCGCCGUGCUGUCCCCUGACGGCCUUCUGAUCAAUGGCAUGCAAUCUGCAACCUUCGUCGGCGACCAAGGGAAGACGUACCUGUUCCGGGUCUCCAAUGUCGGCCUCAAGACCUCUAUCAACUUCAGGAUCCAGAACCACUCGCUGAAGCUUGUGGAGGUCGAAGGCACGCACCCGGUCCAGAACGUCUACGACUCACUGGACGUGCACGUCGGCCAGUCCGUCGCGUUCCUUGUCACCCUCGACAAGCCGCCGCAGGACUACGCUGUCGUCGCGUCCACGCGGUUCAGCCCGGCCAACCUGACGGUGGUCGGGACCCUGCACUACACCGGCGGGAGCUCCAGGGCGCCUGGACCGUUACCGGCCGAUCCGCCAGGGCAGUUCGACUGGUCCAUGAACCAGGCGAGGUCGUUCAGGUGGAACCUGACGGCCAGCGCGGCGCGGCCCAACCCGCAGGGGUCGUUCCACUACGGCACGAUCCCGACGUCGAGGACGCUGGUGUUCGCCAACUCCGCUCCCGUGAUCGCCGGGCGGAGGCGGUGCGCGGUGAACAGCGUCUCGUUCGUCACCCCCGACACGCCGCUGAAGCUCGCGGACAACUUCAACAUCGCCAACGUGAUCUCCUGGGACAGCAUCGCGGCGAGCCCGGACGGCGGUGCCCCCCGGCCGGGGACGCCGGUGGUCAGGCUCAACCUGCACGAGUUCGUCGAGGUCGUGUUCCAGAACACCGAGAACGAGCUGCAGUCUUGGCACCUGGAUGGAUACGAUUUCUGGGUUGUCGGGUACGGCACAGGCCAGUGGACUGAGAACCAGCGGCAAACCUACAACUUGGUCGACGCGCAAGCGAGGCAUACAGUUCAGGUGUACCCGAACGGAUGGUCGGCGAUCUUGGUGUCGCUGGACAACCAGGGGAUGUGGAACCUGAGGUCCGCGAGCUGGGAUCGGCAAUACCUUGGCCAGCAGCUGUACCUCAGGGUCUGGACGGCGGAGCAGAGCUUCGCCAAUGAGUACAGCAUCCCGACGAACGCCAUACUCUGUGGCAGAGCCGUCGGUCUACCACACUGACGAACAGGAUUCGGCGUACUGCUUACAACGGCUUGAUUUAUCGUCCCAUGGUAUAUGUCUAGUGGAAGAAAUCAUACUACUUAUAGCUGAAAUCAAGAUGAUAGGUGACAAGUGUUGUGGCGAAAACUGAUGAACUGAUAUUCUUUGAUGUUAUUAGUAUUUUUCUACUUGUAAUUUGCCUGAGGACAAGACCUCAGGCUCAUGCUCAAUGGUGUCCAACGUUUUCUGGUUUAAGAUACACAGAUAUAAGUUUUCGAGUUUUCGACUUUCA